GCUCUUCCUGGCCAGACCGUCAGGGGCCUAACCCGGGGGGGGCGGCCCUGCAAGCAGACGCUGCUCUGGAGGGGCGCACGUGUCUUGUGUCCUGGAGCUGAUGCGGAAUGCUGCGGGAUCGUGGUUGAGAGGCUGGCCUGCAAUGCCACCAGCUGUCCGCCCAGAUCCUCUCCGGUUUGCAGAGCCAUGUGGGGCGCCGAGGCUUGGGCAGCAUGACGACGGAGACUUUCGUGAAGGAUAUCAAGCCCGGGCUCAAGAACCUGAACCUUAUCUUCAUUGUGCUGGAGACAGGCCGAGUGACCAAGACAAAAGACGGGCACGAGGUUCGGACCUGCAAAGUGGCAGACAAAACAGGAAGUAUCAAUAUCUCAGUCUGGGACGACGUGGGCAACUUGAUCCAGCCUGGAGACAUUAUCCGGCUCACCAAGGGGUACGCUUCAGUGUUCAAAGGCUGUCUAACACUGUACACUGGCCGUGGAGGUGACCUGCAGAAGAUUGGAGAAUUCUGUAUGGUUUAUUCGGAGGUUCCCAACUUCAGUGAGCCAAACCCAGAGUACAGCACGCAGCAGGCACCUAAUAAGGCGGUGCAGAACGACAGCACCCCCACAGCUCCCCAGCCUAGCACUGGACCUCCUGCUGCUUCUCCAGCCUCUGAGAGCCAGAAUGGGAAUGGACUGAACGCUCCACCUGGUGGUGGUCAGCAUCCCCCUCAUGCUCCCUCUCACCCCCCCAGCACUCGAAUAACUCGAAGUCAGCCCAACCACACACCUGCUGGCCCUCCUGGCCCCUCCAGCAACCCUGUCAGUAAUGGCAAAGAAACCCGGAGGAGCAGCAAGAGAUAGCAAGAUUCUCUCUUCCCACCAACAAUCGAGUGUCUGCCGGAUACAAGACAGCCACUACUGGGUUGCUGGCUUGGGGUGGGGGGCGGGGAGAGCAAUAUUUUAGGCACUAAACUUCACCGGAGACGUGGGGAACAGUUGGCUUAUCUACCCUAAGCCCAUACUUCACCCUUGUCCAGCUGAAGCUGCCUGUUUCCUGGGAUUCAGGACCCUCUGCCUGCCUUCCUUUAGAAAGGACAGUUACAGUCUGUUUCUUGUGUAUGUGAGAUGAGGGGGUCUAACUGAAACUCCUCUUUCCUAAUAAAUGUUACCACUCUA